GCGUACUUUCGUACAUUUUUCGAGCGGCCCUUUGCUCAAGGAAUGUUAAUGUCCAUCGAGUUCUAUCAUCAAUGCUAUGACUGUUUGGACAUGUUUGCGGUACACGAGCAGCUAUACGCUGGGAGGCUUUGCAGGCGAGCCGUCAGACCCCACCACGGGGUAAAGAAAUCGCCAUCGCCAUAUCGUGUAAUUGCGUCUUUCUCCGAGUUUUCUGACGCCCUGCUUUCUGAGGUAUUUGUUCCGGUUUCCGUGGUGUGUAGUUAAUCGCUGUGCUCUGUUUCUGUGCUUGACCCAUCGGCCGCGCCAAAAUGGCCGGUGCAAGGACCCAGCUCUCGCGUAGAGGUGGGUCUGCGUUCUUUACUGUUUGCCGUCUGUGAGUCCUUGAGAAGAGCAAAUCACCUGAUUUUUCCGCUUGCGUCGUCUCUUCUACUUGCUUCUCGCCACCAUGUGGACAUCUCUCCUCCGCCUCUCGCAAAGCUACCCGAAAGGGUCGUUUCAUGAAGGUCACAUCAACCCUUUCGCCGACGUCCAGUGGAUAAGUCGGCCCUUUAUGAAACGUAAUAUGCCCAGAGAUCACCACCCUCUUGCGAAGCAACACACGAGCCUGAAGGCUGUGACGAUGCUGGAUGAAGAGAGUGGCAAUCACUGGCAUGUCCUCGACGGCAAAGGAAGAAGCGUCGGAGGCUUGGCGGCGCAAGUCGUUCGUCUUCUCCAAGGGAAGCAUCGUGUCGAUUUUACUCCGCGCACUGCCGCGGGAGAUAGCGUGAUUGUGGUGAAUGCGAUUCAUCUCAAGAUGGCUGGACACACGUGGGAUACAAAGGUGUACAAGUUUGAUCGGAAAACUCAUCCGGCUGGGCCGAAAAUUAUCACGGCCAAGACGAUCAUGGCGCGAAACCCAGCUAUGAUUCUCAACUUGGCUGUGAAACGCAUGCUGCCUCCGAAUCGACUCCGUCCCAUCAUGUACAGAAAGUUGUUCGUCUAUGCAGGCGCCCUCCACCCCCACUGGCAAGUUCCUCAGGUCAUCGUCCCUGCUAAGACACCGGCAGAAGUUUCCUUUUUGCCUUUCUCCGUCGAACGUGCCGAUCCCGUUCAAGCUGCUGCGCGCAUUGCAGCUCUGGGGGAUCGCAUGAAGAUGGAGUAGCGCGUGUUUUGACUGGGAAGCAAAAGGGACGCAUCGGGAAAAGUGGAACUGUUUUGCAUUGAGCAGGACCAGGCGAAGAAAAGGGCACGCUUGCAUAGGUGGACAUUUUUACUCAAUUCCACAGAACCGCGGAACGGUGCUUUCCCACGAGAUGCGUGACGGGGCUUUAGUCGCCGGUUGUCUUCCUUGAUACGUUGUUCCCGCUCACUGAAACGACGACAAGCGGCAGGGCUGGGAGUUGUUGAAACGGUGAAUGCCGUUUUUCCAGUCGCAGGCAUUACCAUUAUUAUUAGUACCCACACACACUUGCGUCUGUCUGUUUGUCUCCUACAACCGUCUCUCCCGUGCCAUCUUCAGGGAACCUAGUUGUGUUUCAUCAUUAUGUCCUUUUCAAUCGUUCUGCACCGAUUUGUUGCUGCGGUUUGCUGGAAAAGGACCCUGGAGAUGGUUACAGCCCGAACGAUGGUACUGGCAGUAAUAGCAUCUGAGUAGUAGACUGGUCUCGUUGUUGAUACGAGCGAUAACAACAGUCCAAGUAUUGCGCCAGG